GUGAAAUCAAUAAACUGCAGCAGCGAAGCUCAAGUAGGAAGAGAGGAGAAGCAGCGAGAAAAACGACUUCACGACGGAAAACGUCUGUCGCAUGUUUUAUGUAGAAAGUCAAAAAAGUAAGAAGGACGAAAAUAGUCGAUCGAAGAGCUCAUGUGAUGUGAAAUGAGACAAUCGGGGGCUGCUGCUGCUCACAAGACUGCUGCAUGUGAUAUCGAUUACAGAAAUAACACACAGGGAUGACCACAGCCCUGCUUCGGGCCCACAUGGACUGCUAGAAAUCCAGGCUUGAAUAUAGAGAGUCCUCUCGCCAAAAGAAGACCAAACAUGGUGCACGUCUACAACUGCCAUCCUUUCUCCUCGCAGCAGAUUGUGCAGGUGGAGAAGGAACCCGGACUGGUCUGCUGUGGAGGUGGAGCUCUUUUUGUGGUGGCGACUGGAGGAUGCAAGGUGGAGGUGUACAAUCUGGAGGUGGAGGGCUGCCCCCUCAUCUGCCGCUUUUCCACCAUGGGCGCUGUGAGGAGCAUCCAGCAUAGCAAGAUAGGAGACUACCUGGUGACCAUUGAGGAAAAGAACAAUGCCACCUACCUGAGAGCCUACACCAACUGGCGUUACCAGGCAGAGGAGAAGUCUCGUGUUGGGGUUCGUUUGUUGGGCCACUUGCUGGGUGGAGCGUCUGUGUGGGGUGGAGUGCAGAUGGAGAUUAUUGAGAUCCCUCUGUCAGAGCGGCCCAUUGCCAUGUCUUGCUGCCCGGUUAGAGGAGACCUGCUGGUUGGUUCUGAGAACACUCUGGUUCUCUUUACGUUGAGACAACACAACCAGCAGAACCUUGAGGAAAAUCAGGAGAAUCAGAGUCUUCAGAGCAGCUGGCCAAACACUCGGCAGCGCUGUGGUCAGAGUCAAGCUCAGUCUUCAAGUUCCAGCCAGAAUCUUUCCGUCCUGGAUUUUGAACGCUCCGUCAUCCUGCACCUUCCAAAAAUCACACCUAAGCAGGUGGCGCUGUGCGACACAUAUGUGGCUGUGCAAGGAGAGCUGGAAGUCUUGAUAUUAAAACUGGAUGAAACCUCUGAACCCCAAACCCUGGAGGAACCACUGGACACAAAUAAAAGUGCGGAAUAUCUGGAAGACCAGGCUGACUUUCUGGUCGUUCCGAGACACCAGGAGUUACUUGGCGAUCGAGCUAAAGACUGCGACAUCCCAGUCAGCAUUGAAAAAACCGGGUUGGAAGAAGGAGGGCAGUAUGCACUUUCUUACGUUCUUUUCAGGCGCUUUUCUCCAGAGUUCUUUCAAGGAUGCAGCGUGGAUGAGAUGCAGCUUCACUCCCUGCAGCUUUACCCGUUGUUCACCGGUAACCAGUCAGUGUCUCCCGACGAACCGUCGUGUGUGUUCUGCUUCUUCUCCCUCCCCACCAUGGGCUACCUGUACAGUCUGAAGGGUGGAGUUGAGCUCCUGUCAGCAUAUCAGUAUCCAGAGAAGGUCCUGGAGGCGGCGCUAACAGACCACCUGUUGCACGUCAUAACAAAGAGUGCAUUGCAGUGUUUUACAGUACGAUGUGCAGCUCUAGCAGCCAGGAUUGAAGACCCCUACAUCGAUACAACCAUGAAGGCCUGCCCACCCUGCAGCCUGGAGGUCUGUGCGCUCAGGAUGCAGCUCUUUAUCGGCCUGCGGUCGAUGUGUGUGUACGGGCGCCACGUCAUCCUGCUCUCUGCCGCUGACGCAGAGACAUCGGAGGAGACCGAACGCAGCACGCAGCGCAGGGGCCUCGAGUUGAAAGAACACAACAUGCUGACUGGUAUUUUCCUGGCGGUGGGAAUUGAUCCCGCAACCACGCCAGCUCUGGAGAGCCUUCUAUCACGCCCCUUACUGAGCAGGAGGUGGACAAUGUCUUCUACCAAAGAAAGCAGUGCAGCGGGACAUGGAUGGAACGUCUAUGUUGUGGACACCGUCCCCCCCUUUACUCUCUACCAGGAGAUGGUUGAGUACAGUCAGCGUUAUGCGGAGACCAACCCACAGGCCCAGAGUCUGCGACACCUCCUCAGCGAAGCUCACCUCCUCCUGCGUGCUGCUCUACUACACGCAUCAGACGAGCAACAGACGGGCCCAGGUGGCCCAGCAGACCACAGGACAGAUCGACAAGUGCUGGAGGAGGCGCUGAGGGAGAAUUGUGCCCAACUGGGAGACAGUUUCAGCAGGGGAAGUCAGAAGGAGUGUCACCUUGCUCUGCCCUACUACAGGAUGUCUGGUCUGUCACUCACAGAGGUCAUGUCCAGGAAUCGGCCAUUUCCGGGCAGCCCUUCCUCCUAUGGCCCUGGCUUCCUGUUUUACCUUAAACAUUUCCUGUUAGAAGACUCAGAGCAGACCCUCAGUCAGGAAGCAGCUGAUGAGGUCAUUGACAUUUUCAGCCAAUCAGAGCAUUUAAUGCUCGUAAGUGUGUGCGCCAGCUCCUGCAUGAUAAAUGUCAGUCCUGCUCGGACGCUGCAAAUUUUACAAAAUCUGGAGAACUCUGUGGGCGUGUCGGUUUCACUAACAAUCACCAUGGCUACCAUGAUGCUGCGUUUGGGUGACCUGCAGCAGUACACACAGCUGAUGGAGAGACAUGCUGAGAUGCUGCUGGUGUACGGGUUUAUCGAGGAGCCGAGGCUGCUGCUCUAUGGUGGAUGUGCAAACCAGCAUGGACGUGUUUAUCCCACAGCUUUAACCCGCCAGAUGGCCAACUCUCAGCCUGGACUGCUGGUGGCUGCCAUGGUGGCUUUACAUGAGAACAGCAAAGUUAAGCUAGAAGACGCAGAUCACAUAUUCAAGGAGCUGGGCUGUGAGAGCAGCCUGCAGGUCGAUUUCUGGGAAGCGAUGCUCAUGGCAUCAUCAAACGACGCUGUCAUUCAAGAGCUUCUGUUCCGGCUGGCUUCUGUCUACAUCGACCGUCUAACAAAUACAAAGUCAGAAAAACACACAACUCCAAAGCGCAAGUCACUGAAGAGCGCUGAUGACCUGAUCAACUCGUGCUCUCAUUACGGUGGUUUGUAUCCAUGGCUCGUUCUUCUAAGUCCAACACACAUUACCAGUUCCCAACACCUGGAGGCGCUGCACAAACUGCAGUCUCUGCUGUGUGGUCCAUCCCUGUCUGUGGGCUCUGUUGUGCCUCUGUUGGAGCGCCUGUCAGAUGAAACCUUAUGGGGCUUCAGCCUGCACCUCCUCUGCGCUACCAGAACUGGGCAGUACGAUAGGAGCAUUGAGAAGUUGCUGGACAGAUGUCCUCAAGCGAUCAUACCCUACGCCAAUCACCAGUUACAAGAGAAAAACAUGGCACUAUGGUGGCAAAAGCUCCUCCCAGAGCUUUGUGAUCGCACAAGAGCGGCCGCAGACAACAGCAUCCUCCUGGCUGCUCUCAAAGAGACGCUUGUCGUAGUUGCUAUGGAGAUGAGCCCUGCAGAAUUCCUGGAGCUCAUCCCUGAUGAUGGCACAGCCUCAUACUUCUUGCCACACCUGUUGACAUGCAGCCAGAGACAAGUGCUGGCCUGAAGUGCGCAUACCCACACACACACACUGAAUGCUGAGAAAACAUUCUGGAAGAAUCUUCACAAUUGUGUUUGUUGGCCAGCCAUUGUGGAUGACUCAACCUACAGUAUUUAAACUAUUUGUUUGGCAUCAAACAAUUUGUAUUGUAUUAUAAGCACUGUGCAACUAAACUCAAAGGCUUUAGAGUACUAUGGUGGACAUAUCUCCUAUUUAUCCACUGAUUGAACAAAUACAGGAACAGGCCUGCCGGGGGUGUACUAUGAUGUGAGAUUAAUGGCUUAGUGAGGUGUGUUCAGAGUUUAGGUUUAAAACCAGUGCCAUUAUCAUGAAAUCUGUUAAUGAAAGGACGCUCCAGGUUUAGAUCACUAUUUGAGAGAACAUUAUAUAUGCAGACCUCUUGGUCACUAUGUUAGGAAUGCCACUAAACCAAACCCACGCAGUAACGUUACUCACCAUUUCUCUCUCACUCCACUGAAAUUUACAGGUUUUUGGUUAGUGAUGCAGCAAAUGUUCACAUAUUCUUUUAUGUUUGGUCACUUAUCAGUUUUUUUUUAGUUAUGAAUUCACAAGAUUAACACUUUUCUGCACUGUUUCUCUUUUGCUGGAUUUGUUCCACUUCACUCAUUUUGCUCUUUGCCACAAUAUUUUCUUGUAUUUAAUUCAAGGUUCUCAAGCCUGAAGCAGAAAGCCCAGAUUACCAGUUAAGGCAAUCAAGGCUUUCUAUAUCAAGCUGUAUAUAUGUAGAUAUUGUUUUCCUAUUCAUAAUCUACUCUUACUGGCCACGUUGUUAGGUACACCUUGCUAGUACUGAGUUGGAGCCACUUCUCCCAUCAGAACUGGCUCACUGUUUAAUAGCAUGGAUUCUACAAGGUGCUGGAAUGACUGUUUUGUGGGGUUGUAACAAGUAUUUGAGUGUUGAGCUGCUGUUAACAAUGUGAAGCAGUAUGGAUUAAGUAUGCUUACUUAGCAUUGAACAGGUGUGCCUAAAAAAACUGGCUGGUGAGUGUAUGUGUUAACGAAACACUUUAAAAUAUUGAUUUCUACUGUUAGAACUGCAGAGAAACAUGCUUUUUUUUUUUUAGGUUUUCUUUUUACUAAAGUUCUUUUUAAGUGUGGAGAUUUAGAGCUGAGUGACCUUUGAGCACUGAUUUGUCCACUGAUUAUAAUUUUUUUAAACAAGUACAUGGAUGUCUGUUAAGUGAUAACGCUGUUCAGAUCAGUAAAUGCAUACCUCAACACA